CAGUGAGGAUCAGCCUUCGCCUGAAAUGCAGAUCAAACCUGAGCCUGUGGACACUACGCCUCACUUCUGGAGCGAUCAUUCGAGCUCAAAUGAUGAGGGCAGUGAUGAAGCUAGUACGAAGACCAUCGCAGUUGCGCACCGAAAUCCCCCAACAUCUAUAUUUCGAGCAUUGAUAAAUGACCCUGUCUUGGCCAAUAGUCCCAAAAACAUCGCUGCAAGCGAUUGGGUACGGCUAGGAGACGAACUAGUACGUAUCAUCGUCGCGCGUUCACCGUCUUUCAAGGUAAGCUCAUGGCAUUUCGGAAAUGGUGUUGAGACAUUUGUGAAGGAUAUCCCAGAGAAUGUCAAACAGACGCUGAAAGGCAGUCUCGGUCACAAUGGGUCCAAGAUUGUGGGGCAGGUUAGACCAUGGAUCAUUCGAAACUUAGACGUCUUUCCUGAGGUGAGAGGGCAUGUCUCCCUUGUGAAAUAUCUUCAGCCGGAUAUCUCACCAGUUUGUGAUGUCCUUGUUGGACCUGAAUUUUCUUUUUCAUGGGACGAUCGCAAGAACAUCUCAUCGAUUCUGGUCUCAAACUUACUGGAAUAUAUAGCUAAAAGAAGCCACCCGCCGUGGGAUAUUCGAUGUCCUUUUGUUGACCACAUUAAACUACUUCAGAUAUGGGAAAGGAAGAUUAUGGCGAUCAGCCAAACAAGAUGGUCUCGAUUAAGAGCUACCCGUAUCUUUGAGCCAUAUCUUCGGAAGCUCAUACUGAAAAAUCGUUCUCAUUUCAGACAGCUUCACAAGAGUGAGUGGGCGAAGGAUUGGGAGUUCGUGACAGGAGAAACGUGGUAGUGACCGAAAUUCGGGAUGAUCAAGCACGGCAGUUGGUGAUGCGAUAUGAAGGCUUUCACAUAUACCAAGAGCACAACGCGAUAUAUCCGUUGGUCUGCAAGGGGACUUCAAGUAUCGAAGUGCUUUCAUCGUAGUUGCCGGAAAAGCCUGCAUAUCAGUCAUAUGUGCACUACUAACACAG